AUGCGCUCAGGCCCGCCACCUGCGCCGGCCCCACCCGGGCACCCCGCUCGGCAGCCGCGGCCAGCCCUGCAGGCUCCGCACGCCCCCUCCCCACGGGACACCUCGGCACCGGCCGGGCCGCAGUCCAUUCUUCUUCUAAACUCCAUCAGCCGCCACUCGCCCAGCCCGAGCUCCCCGCCUCGCCCGACUCCGUCCCUGGGCGGCCGAAGGGGUAGAGGCUGCGCGGCUGGGACCGGGUCUCGACCCGGGCCGGGCCCGAGGAGCCCCCUCGCCAAGAGCGAGAAGCCGGCCCCCCGGAGGCCAGUGCCUGGGGGAGUCCUCGGAAGCCCCGCGGCGAGCAGGGGCCCGGAGGCCGGGCUGCGGGGCGCCACGGCCUACUCACCGGGAGCUGGCGGAGCGUGGGAGCCGGCGCGCCUCCCCCGGGCUGAGGAGCAGGACGCGGCCCCGGCGCGCGUCCCGACGCCGGGACCUCGCUCGGCGCAGGCGAGCCGGGAGCUCACUCCAGCCGCCGCCGUCGCCGCCGCUGCUGCUGCUUCGCCACCUUGGCCGCCAUCUUGA